AUGUGGCCAGAAAUAUUCAUGCAUGAUCGCUUCGUACUUUUUUUUUUUUGCUCUUUUGACUCCCUACCCCCUUCCCAAUUCAAUAUAUCAGAGCUCUAUAAUUUUUUUUUUCGGAGGGAGGGAGAGAGGGGGAAAAAAGGGAAGGAAAUGAAUGAUUCUUCUUCCACGAUAGAUUCUUCCUUUACGACAAAUUACUUCUCCGCAACAGACUCUUAUUCCACGAUGGAUUUUUCCUCCACGAUAAAUUUUUCUUAUUAUCAUUGA